GUGCUGAUGAUGUGCUGACUUUUGCUGCUUGUUUAAACUACUGUGCUUGUUUGACAAAGUUCGUACGCAUUCUUUGGAACAACAUAAUUGUUUUACGUUUAAUCCACUUGGGUAAAAACGGUUGAGUUAACUUAAUCGAUUUGUGUUGGGACAUCAUGAAGUUAUUGUGUGGAACAAUGCGUUUUUACAGUGUAGCACUUUGUAGACCAUUCCGCUUUGCAUGGUAUUAACGAGUAUGACAGCGCCGUCUGCCGGUCACUGCUAUAACUACGCCGCAAUCUCCUCUCCUCUUCCCAUUCCUCCUCUUUCCAGUGCUCGUGCAAGUAAUAAUGCGGUCAGGGGAGAUUUUGGGCUUCGUUGGGGCGCAACGAGUCACCGGCGACCCACGGCGUAAAAUGCGCAUCCAACAAAGACGCAUUUACAUCUGAGAGCGUCUGAUAACGAGAGAUAAUGAUGAGAUCAAGACGAGCGGACAACCACAGACCCCGCGAUGCGACUGCUUUACCGCAGUGGAUGCGCAUGUAUUUUUACGGGAUGCACGGGGUGACGCUGGACAUCCUGCUGUCCUCAAUCCACCGGUUCCUGGACCACGGUGACCCCCAGCUGCUGGGAUUCUCCUCUCCAUAUCUGUGCGUCGUCCACUCCUUUACGCAUCUCGCUUUGGAGAAGAUCUACCUGCAGAAAAGAUGCUUCCAAGAGCGACCUGUCGUCUUUCACCUCGUCUUCUACCCGUGCCUCUACAUCUGCCUGCAGAUUUUAAUCGGGAAUCUGGUGACAUGCACCGAAAGCAUCACCGUCUCCGUCACGCAGCUCACAGUGCAUUACAUCCUCGCUUUAUAUUUCGCGUAUUUCUUCCAUAAACGCUUCCUGGGGCUGCACUAUCAAAACACCGCGGCGAAAUCCCACCUAAACGCGGUGCCCGGCGUCAUGCGCUUCGUCUUUUUCGGCAUGCACGGCUUUCUGGAUGAGGUGCUCUUCACUUCUGUGUUUAAUCUCUUUGAGAAGGGAGAACUGAGGGGGCACACGUCCCUCUGGUCGUUCCUGAUGUAUGGGAGCUGCAGUUUUGUAGUGGAGAAGCUCUACCUUUUUCUGCACUUUAGAAGAGGAUGGGGGAUUUCUCGGCGCCUCCCCAUAUACAUCUGCUUCAUCUACACAUGGGAGUUCAGCUGGGGCUUUACUCUCAGGCGGUUUGGAGCAUGCUCCUGGGACUAUUCUCACUAUCCUUUUCAUUUCAUGGGACUGGUGACGCUGAUGUAUCUUCCAGGAUGGGUUUGCCUGAGUCUGUAUCAGGACGUCUUGUCGAAUGUUCUGCUCAGGAUUGUGUAUGAUGGCAAGAGUUGGUGCCAAUGGAUGCCUGGUGCCAAAAGGGAAGCUUGAAGAAAACACGGAUGUUGGGGUUUUCUUAAUAUAACCUCCCAGGACCAGCACAAAAAAUGGCAUUUGAAUAUUUCAUACAUGGAAACACUCUCUAAAAUAAACAAAGAGAGAGAUAGGUGUCACUUGGGCAGUAUAUUUACAUCUUUGAACAUGAAAUGGUGUAUACUGCUGGUACUCUGAAAAAAAAAAUGGUUCAUUGGAUCUACUGUUUUUUUGUAAGGUAAGUGGUUGCAAAUAAAUAUUAUAGAGUUGAAUUUAAACAAAUAAAUCAAGUUGAACUUUACUACAUUUAAUUUGUUUGGUUAAAUUCAGCCCAUAUAAAUUGUUUGAAACCAGUUAGCUUAAAAAAUAGUAAAUCUGAGUCCAGUGGCCCCUUUCCAUAGAGUAGGACGGUUCGGUGCAGUAUGAUAUGGUACACUUUUUAUUGCCUAUUUCCACAGAACAAAUUAGUACAUUAAGUGUACAUUUUAGUAUCCAAAAAGUACGAAAGUGUCCUUUUAUAAAGGUACUGCGCUGGUGACAGCUCUCAUCUUUAUUUUUUGAGAGUGUAUAGGGCUCGUUGUCACUCCGUUUUUAGUUUUAAAUGUCAAUGUUUGUAUAGAGAUAUAGAACAAAACAUAAAAACAAAUACAAUUGAAGUCAGAAUUAUUAGCCCCCCUUUAAUUUAUUAUUA